AAAACCCUCUGAAAACCCAUAAGGUGAGUGGCACAGAAGUUUCCGUUUUACCGGCGGGAAGUGCAUAAUGAACCGCCGCAUCUCGCGUAUUUCUUCAUACAGUGCCGCUGUUUUAAUUUCGAGGAGGAAUUAUUCAUAUUCUACUUCUAAUCCUUUCUCUUUGUGGAAUUACUCAAGAAAGAGCUGUAUUGAUGAUGCUGAUGGUUUUAAAUUAGUGAAUUUGGAUUUUGUCAAGUUAAAAUUAGCUGAUAGUCUUCGUGUUCGUUGUUACUCUGCGACUGCUUUAAAUGUUGCUCAAGUUGCUUCUUUGGGUCAAGGUGAUAGCAAAGCGGUGUCUGAAAAAUUAGAGGACCGUGUUGGAGGUGUGCAACAAAAGCAGAUUGGGGAGAAUGUUUCUCGGAAGGAUAAGAUCGAAUUUCUUUUGAAAACGCUUUUUGACCUUACCGACAGUAAAGAAGCUGUCUAUGGUGCACUUGAUGCCUGGGUUGCAUGGGAGAGCAACUUUCCUAUAGCAUCUCUCAAAAGGGUUUUGACCUUACUUGAAGAGGAGCAGCAGUGGCAUAGAGUUAUCCAGGUAAUAAAAUGGAUGCUUAGCAAGGGGCAAGGAAAUACAAUGGGAACAUAUGGGCAAUUAAUACGAGCUUUAGAUAUGGAUCAUAGAGCGAAAGAGGCUCACAUGUUUUGGUUGAAGAAAAUUGGAUCAGAUCUUCACUCGGUGCCUUGGCAGUUAUGCCAUCGCAUGAUAUCCGUAUACCAUAGAAACAACAUGUUAGAGAAUCUUAUAAAGCUUUUCAAGGGACUGGAAGCUUUUGGUCGUAAACCUCCAGACAAAUUAAUUGUUCAAAAAGUUGCAGAUGCAUAUGAGAUGUUAGGUAUGGUGGAAGAUAAAGAACGUCUACUACAAAGGUACAAAACUCUCUUUGAAGAUACGGAGAACGGAUAUCUCAAGAAAUCCAGAUACUCUUCAUCCAAGAAAAAGUCAGGUGGGAAAACGAGGACUUCAAAUUCAGAUGCCUGUGUUGAUACCUGAUGGCUUACAAUUAAAGUUAAUAGCAAGAUGUAAAUACCUUGUCCCAUUUGUACUUUUAAAAAAUGGUAAUCUCCUUUGAAUUUUGAGCUUUUCAAAUUAAUGCCUCGGAGAAAAAUGUAUACUUGUGAUUGCGGGCGAUCUUUAGACGAAUUGCCUAUUUUGUUGGAUCAAAUUAAAUAAUUUUACCAGCUGAGCAAGAACUUGGAGGUUCCAGUC